AUGGCUUUCAUCGCCUCUUUGGUCAAAGUGCUUUGCCUUCACGUGGUGUUGAUCGUGGGCGUGCUGGCGUAUGAACUCGGCAUCCUAGUUAUAUCAUUCAGCAGAUACAAGCCAGCGCUGCAAGAUCCGAGACAGACCAUGCGUGCGGCACAGUUUGCAAAGCCGGGGCCAGCAGCAGUGAUUCAGCUGGCCCAGAUCCCACGACCGAUGUGCUGUGAAACGACACAGGUUCUUAUCAAGGUGGGAACCGGCAGCUUGAAUCCCGUGGACUUUAAGCAGAGAAGAAACCCGACAGUGGAGUACAUCAGGCCGUUGCCGGCCGUUUCGGGCUUCGACUUUUCGGGGAAAGUCGAGCAGAUCGGAGCGGGUGUUCUUGGAUUCAGACCUGGAGACACUGUGUACGGUAUGUUGCCGCUGCAGGGCCAGAGUUGGGGCGCUUUCCAGGAGUACGUGGUUACGAAUUACACAAUCAUCGCGCACGUACCAUCGAAAAUUUCGCCAAAAGAAGCAGCAGGAUUGCCAUUGGUCGGGCUCACCGUCGUACAGGCCCUGGCUCCUGUCCUCCGGACUUGGCAACGAAACGGCGAGUCGAGCAAGGGCAAGAAGAUCCUGAUCCACGCUGGUGCCGGCGGGGUGGGCUCCUUUGCAAUACAGUACUGCAAGAAUGUGUUGGGCAUGCACGUGGCCACCACCGCGAGCGCCGCCAAGGAGGAGUUGGUCAAGAGUCUUGGCGCUGACCAAGUCAUCAACUAUAGGACGUCCAAGUUCGAAGAUGUGCUGACAGCCUUCGACGCUGUCCUCGAUCCAGUGACACAGGAGUACGAAGCUCGCACGCUGUCUUCGCAAGUCUUGAAGCCAGGUGUGGGACACUACAUCAACAUCUUGAGCAGCGACUGGGAGCCGCAUGAUGGUGAGCUGGGCCCGCUGACGGUCAUGCGACCGCUUCUCAAGAAGUGGGGCAACAGUUUGUUGGCAGAUUACCUGGGUCUGGGUGUCUAUUAUCAUUGCGACCCGGUCAGUCCCGAUGCUUCUGGCUUGCGGAGCAUUGCCAGCUGGGUCGACGCAGGCAGCAUCAAGCCGGUCGUGGAUCGUUCCUUCCCGCUUGAGGAGGUUGUGCAGGCCCACGAGUACUUGGAGAAGGGACGAGCAUCUGGCAAGGUGCUGAUCGACAUAGGGCCCACGCGAUCACCCUCCCCGGACUCGCGCUCCGUUGCCUCGCGAUCCUCGCCGCGCCCCGGCUCGCCGAGCUCCAACUCACCCCGGCGGUCCUGCAGCGUGACACCGGCGGAAGUUUCCACUGUCAGGCCGCGGAAAAAAGGCGGCCUCGUCCAGUUCAACGCUUCACACAGCGAUUAUGAGGUUGUUGCGCAAGCCGCUGAGGAGCGAGGAUGGCGUGUAGUGAAGUGCGAAGAGAAGGCUGCGAUGUGCAACAUUCACUGGAUCGACGAUGCAAACAUCGGAGACUGGAUGAGGAAGGUAGAGCCCUGGAUGAGAAUAAACCAUUUUCCAGGAAUGAAUAAUGCGCUGGCGCGAAAGACUCGCCUGGCAAGGAAUAUGACGCGGAUGCAAAGAAUGUUUCCAGCAGCCUAUCGUUUUGUUCCUCCCACUUGGGUCAUUCCUGAUGAUCUAACAGACCUUGAGAAGAGAUUUGGCAACAGUCAGGAAUCCAAGGUCUUUUACAUUGUCAAGCCAGAUCAUCUGUGCCAGGGCCGGGGCAUCUUCCUAACCACAGAGCUCGAUCGUCUGCGGCAGGCAGCAGAAGAGAGCCGCAAGAAGAACGAGGCCACUGUCGUCCAGAGAUACCUCUCGAGGCCGAUGCUGAUAGAGGGCCUCAAGUUUGACUUGCGCUUAUACUUCCUUGUGUCUGCCAAGAAGGCCAGUGGGGAAGCUGGGCUCGACCUGCGCUGCUUUCUCUUCCGUGACGGACUGGUGCGGUUGUGCACAACGCCGUACCAGCCUCCCACUGCAGAGACCAUGAACGAGAAGUGCAUGCAUCUCACUAACUAUGCAGUCAACAAAAAUAGUUCCAAUUUUCAGCAGAACGACGGGGAGGACGACGGAGCUGGCAGCAAGCGUUCUUUGCGGUGGUUCAUGUCCUACAUCGGUGAGACCUACGGCGAGAAGGAGCGCCGGAAGCUUUGGCUGAAGCUGAUGGGUGUUUGCAUGAAGACAGUCCUCAUGGUCAAGCCAACCCUGGAGACGGAGUACGACGGAGCGUUUCCUCGUGACUUGACCGGGGGCCAGAUGGGUUGCAGGUGCUUCGAGCUGCUCGGCAUCGACGUCAUGCUUGAUGCAAAGAUGAAGCCUUACCUCAUAGAGGUAAACCACCUGCCCAGCUUCACCUGUGACUCACCUUUGGACGAGGACAUCAAGAGGCGCUUGGUGAGCCAGACCUUGGACCUUACUUGCGGAUCACUGUCGGGCAAGGACCGCAAGCUUUAUGAGCAGCUGGUUCGGGAGCGACGCGAGGCAGGGCAGCCUUUCAAUGCCACACCUUGCCCAGAAGCCAAGAGCGAGGAGGAGCCCAGCAUGUUGGACCUUCCGGUGUACCAGGACUUCGAGCGCGCCUGGCCGCCGCCCGAGGGCGCGGCGAAGCUCCGGGAGCAGCUCGUACAAAUCGAGAGUCGGGUGCGCGAGGUCUUCAAGCCGCUGCACCUGGCAAAGAAAAAGGAUUCCAAGGAGGAGGGGGCCCCUGCCCGUCCGCCGCUGCCUCGAGGAGCUUCUGCUGCAGGGACCCGGCGAUCACCGAGGCAAGCGGCAUCGUCUCCAAGGCUGUCCAGCAGCAAGCGCAGCCGCUCUGCACCAGGGCCACCCAGGUGUGCUUUCGUGCUUCCGCCGAUCAAAGCUAGUUCACCCCAGCGCGAUGCAAAACAAGCUGCCGUUCAGAGGUCACUUUCCGCCAAGCCUGCUCGCGCGUGCCUGCCGAUGAAGAGCGUGCAACUCCUACUCUGA